AUGCAACUGUACAAUAACUACAUCUUGAACGGCGAUUCUGAUGCCAAAUUUGGUUGUUCGAAUGGCAAGACGUCGGCAGUUGAUACUUUCGAUCAAGCCGGGAUGUGGCCACCAAACUACUUCCCGGGGUACAUAAAUUAUUGCAACAAUCAAGAUGUCGUUUUGCAGUUUACUGACGUUGCGAUUGGUACGACAGCGCUAUGCAUCUCCGUCGAAAACUACCAGUUGGAGCUCGAGAAGGACUAUGUGAGGUUCUACGAUGGCGCCGGGGUGGAGGUCGCCUUUUUGACCGGCAACAACGUUUUUGGCGCGCAAUUCCAAAUAAACGGCACCGCCGGCUCAGCCAGGCUGACGACAAAA